GAGGGCGCCUCGUCAGUUGGCGCGCGACCACAACGGGAACACCCCACUCUCCAUCUGUGGCGGUGAAUACAGCACUUCUCACUAGCAGGGCAGCGCCAAGGAACGACUGAUAGGAUCACAAAGUGUGUGCAGCGAGAGCAGCAGUCCAAACAAACAGCGGCAGGUUGGCAGCGUCGGCAGCAACAACGGAAGAGUUGCAGGGUAGCGGCGGGAGCAAGAGCAAGCCAGCACGGCGCGCGGAAACGUUGGCGGGGUCUCAGCGGCGUGCGGGGGGCGUGCAGGGGCGUGGGGAAAGGGGUGGCUGCAGUAGCAUGGUCAUUCUGGUGCCCCGGCUAGGCCUCCUGAUCCUCACACUCCACACGCUGCUCUCGCCAUGCCUCGCUGCCAAUCACGUCUUCACCAACUCAUUCCUGGUGAAGGUCCGAGGCGGCGACGACAUCGCCCACACCGUCGCCAAGAGGAAUGGCUUUGAGAACCGCGGACCGGUGGCAGCGUCCCCCGGGGAGUACCACUUCGUCCAGCACGCCCUGCCUCACGCCCGCUCCAAGCGUAGUCUUCCUCACACACGCCAGCUCAAGGCAGACCCACAUGUUCACUGGGCGUACCAGCAGGCCGGUUUCAAGAGGGUGAAGCGUGGAUACAAUCCACUGAAGGUGGAGAAUCUGGUACCACUCCACACCAUCCAGAGUCAUGAGAACCCCACAGACCCUUACUUCCGGUUCCAGUGGUACCUGAAAAACACCGGCCAGAAUGGUGGGAAGCCGCGCCUGGACCUCAACGUGGAGGCGGCCUGGGCCCAGGGCUUCACCGGCCGCAACGUCACCACAGCCAUCAUGGAUGACGGCAUCGACUACAUGCACCCAGACCUGCGCAAUAACUACAACGCUCGUGCCAGCUGGGAUUUCAGCAGUAACGACCCCUUCCCCUUCCCUCGCUACACCGAUGAUUGGUUUAACAGCCAUGGGACGAGGUGUGCUGGGGAGGUGUCGGCCGCCCGGGACAAUGGUGUGUGUGGAGUAGGCGUCGCCUACAACUCCCUGGUCGCAGGUAUCCGAAUGUUGGACCAGCCAUACAUGACGGACCUAAUUGAAGCAAACAGCAUGGGACGAGAACCCAACCUCAUCCACAUCUACUCGGCCUCAUGGGGACCUACUGACGAUGGCAAGACGGUAGAUGGACCUCGGAACGCCACCAUGAAGGCCAUCGUCAGGGGUGUCAAUGAGGGUCGUAAUGGGUUAGGCAACAUCUAUGUGUGGGCUAGCGGGGACGGUGGCGAGGAUGAUGACUGCAACUGUGAUGGUUAUGCAGCCUCCAUGUGGACCAUCUCCAUCAACUCUGCCAUCAAUGAUGGUUCAAACGCUCAUUACGACGAGUCCUGCUCCUCCACGCUGGCCUCGACCUUCAGCAAUGGUGCCAAGGAUCCCAGCACUGGUGUGGCUACCACGGAUCUGUAUGGCAAGUGCACGAAAACUCAUUCUGGUACUUCUGCAGCUGCACCAGAAGCUGCAGGAGUCUUUGCUCUUGCUCUGGAAGCUAACCCCAACUUGACGUGGCGAGACAUCCAGCACCUGACAGUCCUCACCAGUAAACGCAACUCGCUGUAUGAUGCUAAGCGCAGAUUCUCCUGGCAUAUGAAUGGGGUUGGUCUCGAAUAUAACCAUCUAUUUGGGUUUGGAGUGUUGGAUGCCGGUGCCAUGGUGGCUCUGGCCCGAGACUGGGUUACCGUCCCUCCUCGCUAUCACUGCCAGGCUGGCAUCUACCGCAUACCCAAAAUGAUAUCUGUCAAUAAGUCAGUUGUGCUGGAAAUGGAAACGGAUGCAUGUGCAGGCACAGACACUGAAUUGAAUUUCCUUGAGCAUGUUCAAGCCGUCAUUACCCUCAAUGCAACCAGGCGUGGAGAUACCGAGCUCUUCCUUGUCUCUCCUAUGGGAACAAAAUCAAUGAUUCUUAGUAAGCGUCCCAAUGAUGAUGAUGGCCGAGAUGGUUUCACCAAAUGGCCAUUCAUGACAACUCACACAUGGGCUGAAAACCCCCGGGGUACUUGGAAGUUGGAAGCUCGGAUUAACAGUUUAGGACCUGAGGAAGGGUGGAUCAAAGAGUGGACACUAAUGCUUCAUGGGACACGAGAGGCACCAUACGACCAUCUUCCAGUCAAGGACCCACAUUCAAAAUUAGCUAUAGUCAAGAAGGCUCACGAAGACAAAAAGAAAAUGUAGAUAUUAUAGAUUUAAUUAUAAUACUAAGAGACCAAUUAGUAUGUUGAAAACUUUCGGUUAUGAAAAUAUGCUGUAAAACGACACACAGACUUACUAUGAAUCAAGAUGUUAACAAAAUUAUAUAUAUAUAUAUAUAUAUAUAUAUA